AUGGCGCGUAGUUUGUCUCUGUCUCUGGCUCUUGUUUUGCUAUUCAUUUGCAACACAUCGUUCUCAAAGGCUCUCAACAAUGGUUUCAGUGUGGAAAUCAUCCAUCGUGACUCAUCAAAAUCACCGCUUUACCGUCCCACAGAAACUCGUUUUGAAAGAGUUGCCAAUGCAGUGCGUCGUUCAAUCAACCAAGCGAGUCGUUUGAGCGAACGAAACGCAGCGGAGGCAACUGUAACGGCAGAUCGUGGUGAAUACCUUGUGAGCUAUUCAGUUGGAACCCCACCGUUCCAACUCUAUGGGAUUGUUGAUACGGGUAGUGACAUCAUUUGGCUGCAAUGCCAACCUUGUGAAACAUGUUUCAACCAAACAACUCCCAAGUUUGAUCCUUCGAAAUCCACCUCGUACAAGACCCUUUCUUGUUCUUCUACUACUUGUCUAUCCGUGCGAGACACCUCUUGCUCCUCUGAUGAUGCCAAAAUUUGUCAAUAUGCUAUCAACUAUGGGGAUGGGUCUCACUCACAAGGAGAUCUUAGUGUGGACACCCUCUCAUUAGGCUCCACCAAUGGCUCUCCCGUUAAAUUUCCUAAAACGGUGAUAGGUUGUGGACACAGCAAUACUGUGUCGUUUCAGGGGAGAAGCUCCGGCAUAGUCGGUUUUGGGGGUGGACCUGUGUCGCUCAUAUCGCAGUUAAGUUCUUCAAUAGGUGGCAAAUUCUCGUAUUGCUUGGCACCGAUGUUUUCACAAUCCAACUCCACUAGCACACUUAAUUUUGGAGAUGCUGCGGUGGUUUCUGGUGAAGGGAGUGUCUCGACCCCCAUUGUUUCAGGUGACUCGAAAGUGUUUUACUACCUAAACUUGGAAGCGUUUAGCGUGGGAAAGAAGAGAAUAGAGUUUGGAGGGUCGUCCUCUGAAUCUGGUGGAGAGGGGAAUAUCAUAAUUGACUCGGGUACUACACUCACUCUUUUGCCAGAUGAUGAUUACCAGAAACUAGAAUCAGCAGUGGCUGAUGCUAUCAAGUUCGAGCGUGUUGAAGACCCAAGUCAACAAUUGAGCCUUUGUUACAAAACAGCAUCAGAUCAAUUGGAUGUACCAAUAAUCACAGCACAUUUUAGUGGUGCAGAUGUCAAAUUGAAUGCUGUCAACACCUUUGUUCAAGUUGAAGAUGGGGUUGUUUGCUUGGCAUUCCAUUCAAGUCGAAUUGGCGCCAUCUUUGGCAACUUGGCUCAGCAGAACCUCUUGGUUGGCUAUGACCUCCAAAAGAAAACGGUCUCUUUUAAGCCCACAGAUUGUACCAAGUAG